UCCUGUGUAGUUUGAAUAGCGUACGGAACAGGAGUGGAUCACGUCCGAGUGGAAGUGGACGUGUGUUUGGGGUUUAUUUGGAUAUAUUGAGUAGCGUGGAGAAAAUGAACCACAGCCGCAAGUGCGUCCUCUGUCAUCGGCUCGAUGAGACGAAGACAACUGGACCCUUAUCGAAGAAAGAGCAGGUCACUGCCCACCAGAACUGCCUGCUCUUUUCAUCGGGCAUUUUCUGCACCGACACGCCGCAGUUCGACGACCUGUUCGGCUUCUCUGUUGAACACGUGCAGGAGGAGGUGAAACGAGGAAGCAAACUGCUGUGUAAACGCUGCAAGAAGAAGGGGGCCACAGCGGGGUGUGAGGUGAAGCGCUGUAAGAAGACCUUCCACUACCCGUGUGCCAUGGAAGAGGGAGCCACGACAUUUGAGGAUAAUGUAAAUGGGAAAUUUGGACUGUACUGCCGAAUGCACAGUGAUCCAGAAAAUCGCAAACCCAAAACACCCCGACCCAAGAACCCCAAUAAAGCCGAAUCAACAAAGACGAAAGCCAACGGAGAUCCUUCAGCUGCCAUGUGGUCGUCCUCAUGCAGUGACUCAUCAAGUAUAUCCCUUCCCAAGAGACAGCUAAGUUUUGAUGAACAGGAAGAAGACGGUGUGUCCAGGAAGAAACCAGUAAAAAGGAGCAGGAUGUUGUCCAAUGAUUCUUCAAACACAGAUGAGGACGGACUUAUGCCGCCUUUAGAGUCAGACUUUGAGGAAAGUGCGACCUUUGUGCAGGAGCAUGAAUCAGCUCUCCCUCCACUCACCAGCAGGGAGUCAGAAAAACCUUCAUGUUCCUCAGCAGGGCUUCCGGUAGCGAAUAUGAAUUCAGACUUCAAUAACAACGACGACACAGUCAUACACUCCGAUGCGGAGUCCGAGAGUUUGCUGUCCCCGGUGGCGGACGGCGCCGAGUUUUACCCGGCUCCCUCACCUCGAUCCGUACCUGACGAGCGUCUGCAGGUUCAACUGACGGAGACAGCGGUGCAGACAAUAAAAAGAGAAAAUCAAGAGUUCAGAGUCGAGCAGCACGAAGAACACGUCAACGGAUCGUCCGUCCCUCAUCAGAGCGCCGCCGUCCUCGGCCUUUACCCAGAGCGCUCCAGCAGCGCUCCGCCGUACUCCAGCUCCAACUUCAUCGCAACUCCACCCAGAUCCGACUGUGCGACUAUUAUCUCGCGCCCGUCCCCGCCCCGUUCAUCCGCCCCAUGCCUGUUCCCUCCCCACACUCCUCCUCGCUCGGAGCCCUCCUCCACCCGAGCACCUCCCUCACCUGUCGUCGACGCGGCCAGCAUCUGGAGGAACUGCAACACGGCUGGAUGCACGCAGGCCAUUUUCACUGAGUUUAUUAGAGAAAUUAACAACAUUUCCAGCAGAAUCCAGAGUGACCAGGCCAGCCAGGAGGAUUAUGACCGGGCGCUUUCAAUGAUGCUGGCUUCUGGAAGACUCACAGACCUCGUUACCAAGCAGCACGAAGAGUUGGAAAGGAGACAAGUGGAGCUGCAGCGUGCGUCAGCAUCUCUGGAGGAGGUCGUCUCCGCUCUGAGUCGUGCCACAGAGAGAAGCUACUUUUAAUCAGUGAUCUCCUGGUUUUAAUUUACAGUUUUACUCUUUAGUUUUUACAUUUUCAUAAGGAUAAGGAAAUUCAACUAACUGUAGUAAUAUCAGGCUUCCUAAUAUGUGAAAACAAUAUUUUUAAAUGUUCAUUUCUGGAAAGUUCCUUUUAUGUUCAGCUUAUUGAUUAAUUUAAUGUAUAAAAACAAAUUUUUUUUCAUGUUUUAAUGCACUGUUGUUCAUUAUCAUGAGAUAAAAAUAUUCAACUACUGUGUUUAAAACUGAUUUUGUUUUUUUGUUUAUGUCCUGGAAGAUCACUGAGCCUUUUGCCUGUUUACAGAGACAUGUUCAGAGUUUGGUUUUAAAGAGUCUGAAAUGUCAAAACUCUUAGCUUUAACACAGAGAUAUGCACACACGUUUGGUUACAAGUGUUUUUGAUAAAACUCUUUAAAUAUAUAUAUUUUAAAGUGUAAUUUGUGUGCUUUAUUUUUCUUCAUUUUGUGACUUUGUUCCGGAGCUCUCACAUGUUCCAUGGGCAUUUCAAGAAAAUCCACUCUUACUGAAAUAUUAUCCCCUUUGUGCACAGAAAUACUUUUUUAACAAACCUCAAUUUAAUUCUGCAUCACAUUUUAUUGUGUUAGCACAUGGGUCAUUACAAAGUGCUGCACACUUUUGAAGUUACAUAAUAUUGUACAUGUUUUAUUUAAAAAAGUCUUUGUACUAAUAAAAAAUGAAUGGAGA